AUGUCCAAUCAUAUUAACAUCUUGAAAGAGGAUAUACUACGAUUAGAUAGGACUAUGGAUGGAGAGAAGGAUAGAAGAGAUGUAGGUGGUGAUGGUAGCGACGGUGAGUAUGACACCAAGUAUCAUCACUUUCAGGGUAUAUCUAAAGCGCAAGAAAAAAGAUUACAAGAUCUGGAUAAGAGGCUACGAGAGGCGAUAGAGGAGGAACAACGUUCAAGGAGGGAGUCUGAGAAUGAACUUGUUAUUAAGUUGAAGAGUAUGACUGAUGGUAUGAGACAUGAAUUAGAUGAGGAAUUAAAAGAUAAGGAAGCAACAGAGGAGUCUGCCUUACGUACCUGCAUAGAGGUAUUAUUAUAA